UUGCUAACGUUCAGCAUUUGCCGUGCCGGCCGCGGGACCGAUGCUGAGUGAGAGGCGCUGGCAUUUCUCCUUGGUCAGAAUGUGGUGAAUCCCAGAUUGCCCAGCUCUCUAAGGGAGGAAGCUAAAACGAUUUGGGUUGGGGGAAAAAGAAAGACCAAAUGGCAAAACAAUCUUCUGAUUUAAAUUCUGAGUGUGAGAGAGAAGGUGGACAAUUGCAGCCUGCUGAAAGGCCAGCUCAGCCUCAUCACCUUCGGCCUGGGGCCCCUACCUCCUUACAAACUGAAUAUCAAGGUAAUCAUUUGGGUGAACGGGACAGUUCAUCACCCGGUAGCCCUCAGGGACCACUGGCACCACCCUCCAGUCCCAGUCCAUUUGCAACCAGAUCCCCGUUGUUCAUGUUUGUAAGAAGAUCCCCACUGCUGUCCAGAUCCUCCAGUGGGUAUUUCUCUUUUGACAUCGACAGGAGUCCUGCACCUAUGAAUUGUGACAAAGCAACACAGACUCCAAGUCCUCCGUGUCAAGCUAUCAAUCAUUAUCUAAGUGCAAUGGGUAAGCAAGAGCAUGCUUCCAGAUGGCAGUCACGGCCAAUACCUGAGGAUAUGCAGCCAGAAAUAUGGAUUGCACAGGAAUUACGGCGUAUUGGAGAUGAAUUUAAUGCUUCCUACUGUCCAAGAAGGGGUUUAUUGGAUUACCAGGGAGUAAAUCACCAGAUCAUAAUUUUGCGCCUUUUGCAUUAUAUCGUCCGCUUCAUAUGGAGAAUGCAGUGACUAUUGCUUCAAGAGGCCAUGAAGAUUGUUUACUUGGUUCUAGCAACAAAAGCCCAUGAACAAUCUCUCUGGAUGCAGCUAAUAGCCAUUUCUGACUUUGACACAUCCAGCAAAUUAAAGGAGCAAGAGGACUCCAUUAUUAGAGAAUUAACAAAUUGUGAUGGAUUUUUGGAAAUGGCUCAACAUUUUUAGAAACAAGAUUUUAUAUGACAGUAGAGCUGACACCAUUUUUUGUUGAUGAAACUUUUUUUUUAAAAAAACAAACUGCUAUAUAGAGCUUUUAAGAAAAGUAAUUGAAUCAUGUGUUCAUAUUAGGAAAUAUGUAAGCUGCUCCUCUACCUUACAACAGAAUGGACUGAGCCAGCUACUUUUGUAAAGCUGCCUUAGUUUUUAUAUUAAAGACAUAUUGUACAGCUUUUUAAAAACAAAUCUUCCCAAGUAGUGAGAGGCCAGACUCUAGUAUUAGGGCCUCCAUUCAUUCCAGAUGACUUCCAUGCAGAAGAGCUCACGAUCAUUAAAAUGAAAUUGGUGGAGACAAGAUGGAAAGAUUGGAAUUUAUACUUCCGGCUAUUCCUCUGCAAAUUUCUGCCGUUAAAGUCAGCUGCCUUUGUGUGUCUACACCAGAAGGAAUUUACACAGAACAUGUACCCAUCUGCUGUGCAAGUACCAGAUUGGAUCUUUCUUUGUGCAGAGCUUCUGCUUCUUGCAGUCCAGAGAAAGAAAUAUCGAAGUUGCUUUGAAAAUUGAAAUUAAACUGUGAAAGUUUAAAUGCUCCAAAUAAUGACACCAGGUUGCCUUUUUAUAAUUUUCUUCUUAUGUUAUUUGUAUAGAACGUGUAUAUUCUAUAGCAUAAACUGAUGUGGGGAGGGAGGGGGGCAAUGUAGCAAUAAGUUUUUGCAUGUGGGUGAAAGCAGUUCCUACACCUGUGCAAUAUUGCCCCAAGUUGUUAGAACAGGGUCCUACUGCAUGAUUCCUGGCACUGUUUUGAUCCUCAUUAUGGUAUUUUACUGUUUAAAUCCAGUGUGAGUGUGAUUUUUUUUUUUAACAAGCACUCUGGAUUUAAUUAUUGCUGCAUUUAUUCUUAAAAUAAAUUAUCUGGAGGGAUGAGUUAGUAACCAUAAUGUGGAAUGUACAAGGACUACUGACUCAGUGCGUGGGUUCGGGGUCGAUAGCAGCACAGUAUUCAAAUUGAUUCUGGGGGUAAAAAUUCCAAAAGAGAUGGAAGCAAGUUUUCUUUUUUCCUUUUAUAAGUUUUAACAACAGAAUUUCUGGAACCUUCCCCUCCCUCGUAGCCUCAUGUGAGAAAGUAGCUGCAUUUUACCUACUAUGUUGGUGAGGGCUACUCAUAGUUUACUUCGGAAAAAAAAUCUUGAACCAAGGGUUUUUCCAAAAAGCUGAAUUGUGCAACCUUAAUAAUCGAAACAAAGCAAACUGUUUCUCUGCGCCAUAGAUAGUGGUAAAGAUGGUGAUUCCCAAACUAGACUGAAGGGCUCUCAUAUGCCAUGGGAGAAAUGAAGUGUGUCUGCAAAAAGAGAAACUUGCCAUAUUUGAUGUUGCUUCGUCCCCUUUGUGUGCCUAGAGAUGGAAACAAAUAUCCUUCUCAGGAUAAGGGUUCUCUUAUAAAGUUCCUGGUUCAGGUUCUCUUUAAUUUGCCAGGUACAGAAGCCUUCAUAAGCAUAGGAAGCUGGCUCAUUUUGAAUCAGAGUACUGGUCUGCUUAGGUUAGUGGUUGUUGGAUGGGUCUUUGCCAGCCCUUCUCAGAGAUGUACAAACACCUACUGUAUUUUUUGGACUGUAAGACAUACUCCCCUCCCAAAUGUCUGUGCAUCUUAUAGAGUGAAUAUGGGCCUGUUUUUAGCCUC